AUGUCUGAAGAAAAAACGCAAGUCCAAGAGGCCAGAGACGAAUCUCCUAAGAAAGACACAGUUUUGCCUUUAGAAGUGAUUGACCGCGCCAUUGGGUCUGAGAUCAAGAUUCUCCUCACCAACAACAAGGAGUUUACAGGCAAGCUUGUUGGAUUUGACGACUUUGUCAAUGUUGUUCUCGAGGACGCUACAGAGAUCGAUGGUGACGGAAGUGAAGGAAAGAAGAUUAAGAGAAUGUUGUUGAAUGGGUCCCAGAUCGCCAUGUUGAGCCCGCCGUCAUUGUAA